UAUCAUAGAUAAGGCGCAGGCAGAAAGGGCGAGCAAGCUGGGAAAAGCCAGCAGAAGCCUAGAGAGAGAGAGAGGACCACACACACAUCCACAGCAGAGGAGAAGCCCUUGCGGAGCCGCGUGCCGGACCCCCUCUCAGUGGACCUCCAGCCUUGGGUGGCGGACAGCAGAGAAGGUGCCCCCGAGGAUAAAGGCUCCGGGGUCUGGAGAGGAUCUCACCCCCCGUGGGCCACCCAGUGAGGGGCAUGCAGAGCUCCAGGGGAGCCCCAGUCUGCCCAGACGCCCGGGUCGCGUCCCCCCGGCCGCACCGCCACUGAGAAGGAGCCGCUUGAUUGGUUGAUAUUAGAUAUUUUUUUCGGGGUGUUUUUACGCAGACGAACCGUAUUGAAACGUUGGUGGCGACGUUUUGAAUCAGAGUUUGGAGGAACACGGUUCCGCUGUGUCCGGACUGAACCGGUUCCCCUCUGCUGCUGCCGUGCCUCUCCCAUGGCGAGCGGCUGGGAGCCCAACGCGGGGAGCCGCCUCAGCUCCAAGACGCUGUUCCUGCUCCUCUCCGCCCUGCUGCUCCGGGGGCCCCCAGGCGGCUGGGGGAGCCCCAUCCCUCCGCCCCUGCCCCGGCCCCGGGCCCCUGCCACGGCGGCCAGCGGCGGGCCGGGGCAGGACGGGGCCCCGGGCCCCCCUCUGACGGGGCCGGACGGGGAGGGGGGCGGCGGGGCGCAGGGUCUGCCGGACGACCUGGAGGAGCAGCUCCUCCACACCUUCAACCUGACGGGGGCGGGCGGGGCCGGCGUGCGGGUGGAGCCCCCGGAGUACAUGAUGGAGCUGUACAACCGCUUCGCCAACGACCACAGCGCCAUGCCCACCGCCAACAUCAUCCGGAGCUUCAAGAACGAAGCUCCGGCCCUCGGGGAGGCGGAGCCCAGCGACGUGCGGCGCCACCCCCUCCUCUUCAACCUUUCCGUCCCGCGUCACGAGCGCAUCACCGCCGCCGAGCUCCGCCUCUACACGCUGGUCCAGAACGACCGGCACCUGUACAGCGGCGUGGACCGCCGCGUCUCCGUCUACGAGCUGGGGCCCCCCGACGGGGGCGCCGGGGACCCCCCGCCCCCCAGGGGGGACGCCUUCCCGGCCCCCCCGGGUCCGGCUCCGGUGGAGCUGGCCUCCCGCCAGGUGUACGGCGUGGACGACGGCUGGGAGGCCUUCGACCUCACCGCCGCCGUGCAGCGCUGGCGGAGCUCCGAGAGCGGCACCACCCACCGGCUGGAGGUGCACAUCGCCAGCCUGCCCCCCGCGGAGGAAGGCGGGGGUCCGGGGGCGGAGCCCGGGGGUCUGGAGGCGGAGACCGGCCGCAGCGACGCGCCGCCGCCGCCGCCGGAGAUGGGCGACAUGAAGAUCGACGCCAGCCCGGAGGAGAAGCACAAACCCUUACUGAUCGUCUUCUCCGACGACCAGAGCGGCGACGACCGGCAGGACCGCCAGGAGCUGAACGAGAUGAUCGACCACGAGACCUCGGACCUCGCCCUCCAGCGGGACAACCUGGAGCCGGGUCUCACCGGCCUCUGGGGCGAGGGGCCCCAGGAGGACGGCCUCGGCGAGGAGCCCGACGAGGAGGACCUGCUCCAGAUGCGCUCCAACAUGAUCUACGACACCACGUCCCGCUUCCGGCGCAACGCCAAGGGCAACUACUGCAAGCGGCGGUCGCUGUUCGUGGAGUUCAAGGACAUCGGCUGGGACAGCUGGAUCCUGGCGCCCACGGGCUACGACGCCUUCGAGUGCAGCGGCGUGUGCACCUACCCGCUGACCAAGCACGUCACGCCCACCAAGCACGCCAUCGUCCAGACCCUGAUCAACAUCAACAGUCCCCAGAAGGCAGCCAAGGCCUGCUGUGUGCCGACCAAGCUGGAGCCCAUAUCCCUGCUGUACCUGGACGACACUGGGGUCGUGACCUACAAGUACAAGUACGAAGGCAUGAUGGUGGCCGAGUGCGGCUGUAGAUAGUUGGAGGGCCGUGGACUGACGCAUACGUUUAGGCCGCAGUCGGUAGGACAAGGCGGGACAGAAAUAAGCCUUUUCCUGUCUGAAUCUAUGUAUGCUCCGAAGCAAGUCAGGUGGUCUGUAAAGAGUGUAGAGGAAUGUUAUGCAUCAAAUGGGGAGGUUUUGCUAAACUUGUAUCAGAUUGAUUAAGGAUCUAGAGUUGACCCAAACAAGGAGACUUUGUACCAAACUGAGUAUUUCAUCCUGAAACGGACCAAUGGCUGAAGCACCAUAUCGAGGGAGGCUUGGUGGGAACUGCUCUGCUUACCCUAACCCCCCCCCCCGUCCCUCCUGUUUUGACACCAGUCCCCUGACAUCAGCCUUCCUCUCUGUUAUCAGAGCCCCCGCUGGAGGCCAACGCAAUUCAGCACUUAUGGCGGAGCUGCCUCGGCCAAUGACCUUUCAGGGGCGACCAGCCCUGCCUGUCCAGAACCCUGGUCCGGACCCCCCUCCACCCCCAAGACCCCUGGU